AUGCGGAAAUUCGUAGUUCCAUUACUUUGCCAACUCUUCGCGCUUCUAACCCACGGACAGAAGCAUCCGCAGCCGGUUGGUAACUGGACCCUUUCCAACGCCGCCCGAACUCGCUCUGCUGGUAACGAAACUUGCGACUGGAAGUUCCUGCUCUCUCAGUCCGAAGCACCAUCGAACAGCGCUCCUAUGCUCUGCCGGUUCACAGUACAUGCGGAUAAUGGACAUGAUUGCGACACUGCCACUUUCUCUGGUGUAGCCUGCAAUGGAACUGAGAGGUAUAGCGUUAACGGCGGACAUGCCCCGGAAGGAUUCAUAGUCAUGGUUCUACUUGAUUUAGAGGAAAAUGUCGAGGCAUAUUUCGGGUUCGACGACAAGGCGCUGAACAAUGGCGCACAUAUUCCCGAGCAAAUCAUUGCUGCUUACCCACCGAAGACCCCCGGAUCACCUCGUACUCGAAGCCUUCUUGAGAGACCCCGAUCAGCGCGAGAUAACAUUACCGCGUGGACUGUUAAAAAUAUGUAUCGGGCUGUAAUCCCAUCAGAACAUCGUAUCCUUAUAGACAUGCUCAUCCUGGACGGUUCCCCUAACGGAGUGGUUUGCCAGCUCAGGUUACAAGCCCCUGAAGAUGUGGAUCCUAAGACGUGGGGAUUCUCAAAUGCUAAAUGUAUUGAUAACGACUGGACGGUCCAUUGGGGAUAUCUACCUGCCCAAGAUGCAGGUGUGAUGACACUCGUCCCGCCGAGCAGGGAUAGCAAUGCGUUCUUUGGAUAUAACGACAUUAAUUCGCAUGAGGCACUAGGCACAGCUGGGCCAAGUCAGGUGCUGCCCUGCAAUUGUGGUUGA